CUGUCAACUGUCAAAUUCCUAAAACCGACGAACUUUGAAAAUGCCGCAAGAAUUUCACGUUUUGCAGUGUUUUAAUUGCGAAACCUACCAGGUAGACAUUGUCAAGAAAGUGGCAAAAUGGGGCUGCAAAAUGUGCGGCGAAAAACAAUCUUUAAAGAAGGUUUACGCCAAAGGUACAGGAAAAGAGUGUAGGUUGCUUGUACAAUCAUUAAACGAGCAAAGAUUAACCCAACCGAAAGCAGAAGUUUGCGCCCCCAUUAGCGACGAUUUUCCCCUGGUAGCGAAAGUGUCGCAGGCUUCUGUAGCAAAAACGAGUAAGUGGGCGCAAUAUCUUGACGAUGGCGAUGAUAAAAUUGUGGGUGGACACUGUCUUCCGAAGGGAGCUGAAUCUAGGGAUAGUAUUAGGGAAGCGAGCAGUAAAUGGGGGCUGUUUAUCCACACAGAUGAACCACUGAUUGCGGCUAACGAUGUUAAGAAUGACAACGAUUGUAGUAAAAUUAGUGAGAAUAUUUUCGAGGAUGACACAAAUAAUCUUGACGCGGUUUUAACGUUGUAAAAUAAGAUUUCAACAAUAAAAAAGUGUCGUUAAU